CGUAGUGAGGGUAGGUUGCCUCGCAUCCUGGUCAGCUCCUCAUGCGUAUACACACUCCACACUUCACCUAUACGCCAGCUGGACCACAUACGCACCUCUGGACGCACUCCCACUCAAGCGUGCGUAGUGUAGCAGCACAAUAACAAACACUGGUGCAUGGAUAAACAAUAAUAUCCUUUAAAAACAACAAUAACUGGCUGUAUCAGCCACACUUUAUCUCAUCAAUUAAAACAAUAGACUGAAAAAUAAAAAUUAAUUGCUAGUUUUAUGAGAGAUACAGUUUUAUUUUUGGAGGUUAUCAAUGUAACAUGCCUGCAACAUCAAUGCAACAUCAAUAUAGCAUGUUUGCAACAUCAAUGGAAAAUAUGAGUCAUCAACGUUGCAUCCGCUAAAAGGAACGAGGAAAAUAAUUUAUUUUAAUGUAAAUAAUCUGUGAUUAUUUUUUUUAAUAAGCAGAGAUGCUGGAAUAAGAAAAAAAAAACUAUUAUGAAUGUUGUGGCCACAACAGUGUGAUGGAUCAGAGGAAGAUGGAGGUUCACCUCAGCUGACCUGACACCUUCAUGUCAUGUAUCUUCAACUCUUAAAUUGGAAAAAGAAUCAUCAUGAAACAAUUUGAAAAAAGUUAUGAAAAUGUGAAAAAAUGUGAAAGAAUGUGAAGGAAUGAGGAAGAUGAGCCACUUAACAUUUGUAUCAUUAUCACGAAACAUUCUUUAGAAAGUUGAGAAAUAAGAGAAUUUUAUAUUUCUGGGGAUAUUUGGUGAUAUUUUUUUACAGGUGAAGAAAUAGUUUGUUGAUUUUGAUGAAUAUGUGAGAAAUAUCAGAUGAGACAGAUGGUGUAUGUUGCUCGAUGUGAAAUACUGAAUAAGAGUGAACACUUACAACAGAAACCAAUAAAUAUUCGUAAUAAUUAGUUGAAGAUUAGUUAGAAGUGAAGACUGGACAGAUAAGUGGCAAUUAAGUAAUCCACUAAUCCCGGAACACGGCAACCACUGCUCACACAGGUAGCUUCCUAAUUAACUAGGGGAAGUUGACAGCUUAAUGACGGUGGGGUAAUUAAGGAAGCGAGGGAGGCGGUGUGUUAAGAGAUAAUGAGGUAAAUGACACUUGCUUAGACGUCUUGUAAGGUAAUGCUUCUUCUCUCAACUGCCUUCCUGACCACCUUAGAGGGAAUUGACAUUAUAAAAGCUUCUAAUUGGUGCCUUCAGCCAUCCCUGGGUAUUCAUAGUAUCGUGUGUCAUCCAAGAAUGUGCGAAUAUUAUAUGUUUGUGGGUUGAACGUUAUGUGUGUGUAACAGUGUAAUAAAAUUCCAGUGACGAUAAUGCUCAUUGUAGAAUUUCCUGUGUUUAAUGACCAGUAGUUUAAGCAGAGUUUGCCUCGUGAAACCACCGUGCAGGAAGACUCUGUUGGAGGAUUCUAAACUCAGUUUAAGUUUCACCAGUUGCAACCCUUAUUCAUGCAACUGAUGUCAAGGGUCUUCUAGCACACGCAAGAUCAUGGGAAGUCACUGAGGACAGUUCUUACUGUGGGAGGAGUGUUCACACGAGUGCCCAAACAAGUCUGAGACUUCUCUGUGAUCCCGACCCCCCGCCGCCCAGCCUUACACUGGAACUCUUAUAAUGGACAAAGUAAUGACGACUCUGGAUAACUCCACUUGGCAGCAUCGUGUACAAUGACCAGAGUGGUAAAAGAAAUAUUGUUUAUUCAGUGGAACUCACUUGCACAGGACCAUAACGACAGUGACGUGACACAGUGCCAGUUAUAAACUAACUCUACCUUUUAGUCAAGCACUUAACCAAUUGACACUAAUAACAAGUGGGAUUAGGUAUGCUUGACAAACGAUCCCCACUAGUCAGUGUCAGCUGACAACUUCCACCCACCUUAAUGCAAGUGGCAGUCUUAAUGGCUAUUAGGACUGGAGGAACCACUUAAUUGUGAAGUGACAUUUUUCUAAAGCUCUUAACUGACACAAUGUCAAGUGUAAGCUUGACACCCCGGCUCUACUACCUCCUCUUACUCGUGACAGCCUGCAGUUGCACCGCCAGCAAGCCGAAGAUGAGAGGAGGACUUGAGAACAGUCCUCUGACGGAGGUGGAGGCUCUGGCCACGACGCACGUCUUGCUCCCUUGUGAUGUUUCACCUCCCAUACCCGGGGACGAUACCAUCCUCGUCCUCUUCUACAGAGGAGCCCUCGGCACGCCCAUAUACAGCAUCGACGGACGCAACGGACCGGUCCGUCGGGCGCAGCACUGGGCCGACGAGCGAGCUCUGGGUAAUCGGGCGUACUUCGACCUGUCUUCGCGUCCCCCGGGUCUGGUGUUGAGACCGCUGGCCUUCUCUGACCAGGACGAAUACCGCUGUAGGGUCGACUUCAGGUCUUCCCCCACCAGGAACGUCAGAGUCAACCUCAGAGUAAUAGUUCCUCCUGAGAAGAUCCGGGUGGUGAGUGAAGCUGGCCUGGAGGUGUCUGGUGUUAUUGGUCCUUAUCCUGUCGGUGCCUCCGUCACCCUCCACUGUAAGGUCGACCAUGGUCGGCCGGCGCCUCAGGUGGUGUGGUGGAACGAGGCUACCCUGCUGGACGACGUUAUAGAGGAGCAGAAGACAGAGUACACGGUCAACACCUUGACACUCCCUGCACUGACCCGAGAUGACCUCUACCGAGUCUUCACUUGCAAGGCCUCAAACUCUAACCUCUCUGUGCCUCUGGCUGCUGCUGUCACCAUAGACCUAAGCUUCCCUCCUCUGGACGUGCGGAUCUUGGGGUCACCUGGCGGUCCUUUCUCGGAGGGUCGUCAGUACAAGGUGGUGUGCGAGUCGUCUGGGUCACGACCCUCGGCCACCAUCACUUGGUGGAAGAACGGACUUCUCAUGACUGACGCCAGGAGCCAGGUGUUUCAGGACGGUAACGUCAGUAGGUCCACCCUGCACCUGACGCCCACACUGGCGGACCACGACGCCCACAUCGCCUGCAGAGCCAAGAAUCCCCUGGUUCCCACAGCUGUGAUGGAGGACACUACCAAGCUCACUGUUUACUACUCCCCCCGGCUGUCCCUGGCUGCAGGAAACAGCUUGGACAUGGAUGAUAUCAAGGAAGGAGACGAUGUGUACUUCGAGUGUGGCAUCCAGGCCAACCCAAGCAUUUACAAGGUCCAGUGGUUUCAUAAUGGUGAGGAGAUAACCCACAACGUGUCUGCUGGGGUGAUUCAGAGCAACCAGAGUCUGGUGCUGCAGCGGCUGACCAAGAGUUCCUCAGGGCAGUACACUUGUUCAGCAGCCAACAUCCAGGGCAGUAGCGGCUCCAACGCUGUCCAGCUCAGCGUCAAAUUUUCACCAAUGUGUCGGCCAGGACAGACACUCGUCUACGGUGCUGGCAAGAACGAAGAACUGAACAUCACCUGCAGCGUCGAGGCCCACCCCGAGCCCACCUCCUUCAGGUGGGCCUUCAACAGUUCCUCGGAGGUAGUGGAGAUCUCAGCAAACAAGAUCAGAUCAGCGGGCAAGGGUCGUAGCGUAGUGAGCUACACUCCCAAGAAACACCAAGACUACGGCUCCCUGCUGUGCUGGGCUACCAAUGAUGUAGGGCUACAGCACCACCCUUGCACCUACAACAUCGUCUACGCUUCGCCUCCUGACCCGGUAAACAACUGUACAGUCGAGAACAUCAGUACAACGAGUGUGGGCGUGCGGUGCCAGGCCGGCUGGGACGGUGGGCUGGUCCAGACCUUCACUCUCACCGUCACCGACGCCCGCGCCCACACCCGCGCCGCCCACCACAACAAGAAGGCCGCCCCGCGGGUGCUGGCCAACACUUCGACGUCGCCGCGGCCGGAGUUCUCGCUGACGGGGCUCGAACCCGGCACCGAGUAUGUGCUGACUAUCAUCGGUAUCAACAAGAAGGGUCAGAGCGAAGCUGUGAAGCUGGCCAUCUUCACCCUUAAGGACGUGGCUGAGAAGCACACUAGUCCCGUGGGAAGCACACUGGCGCUGACGUCGCUGCUGGCGGUGGUGCUGGGGGUGGUGGGGUCGUUGCUGGUGAUGGCUGGGGUCGUGCUGGUGCUGGUCAGGAGGUCAAGACGACCUCCUCACGACCCUGAGGUCAAGAUGGUCUAUCACAAGGGCGCUCAGGGCCACCUGGACGACAUUGACGACCACAACCCUGACGUUAUUCCUGUCAAUGACGAUCACCAGAAGCAGAGCUGCCAGCAGCAGCAACAGCAGUUGCAGCAGAAGCAGCAGACACUGGCAGCGGUUGGGGAGGAAGGGUCAGCAGAUCAGCAGCAGCACCCGGCACUGCUUGACUUCAGCAGCGGCAGACUGAAGAGUUAUCUCUCAAGCGAAUACCUGCAGAGCAACGAUGGCUCUUUCUACAUCAACCCUGGUACACUCCUCCGUCAGCGGAGCGGUGGAAUAGAAACUGAGCAGCAGACACUGGGUAUGGUGGGCAGCCAACAGCCACUGGGCAUGGUGGGCAGCCAGCAGCCACUGGGUAUGGUGGGCAGCCAGCAGCCACUGGGUAUGGUGGGCAGCCAGCAGCCACUGGGUAUGGUGGGCAGCCAGCAGCCAUUGGGUAUGGUGAGCAGCCAGCAGCCAUUGGGUAUGGUGGGCGGUCCACUGGCAGCCUCUACGCCCACAACCACCACCUCCCCGCCCACGUUGUACGCCCAUCACAGCUCGCACCUCUCCACGCUCUCCAUCCCGCAUUCCUACACCUGCGAUGGCACAAACAUGGUGGCGCAAGCGGCGCAGCGAUCCCCGCCGUACCAAAGCGACGUGACUUUCAUGCCCAUACCCUGCUCCUAUACCCAAGACUUCCGACCCUCCACGGAACCCUACACUUCAGAGGCCUACACCUCCGACCUGCCCACCCUGCCCACCCUGCCACCGCCCUACCCACACUACACCCUCAGCCUGGGCAGGAAGUGCAGGCUGGCAGGUUCUGCAGCCUGCCCUGGAGCUCAAGCCUUACCCAUGCCUCUGCCCACGCAGGCUGGGACCCUGGGACCCACUCUGGCCUGUCCUUGGGAAGACAGCAGCGACAGGAGUGUCAGCCCCACUCACAGGGAGAGCUCCGUCUAACAAACGACGCUGUCUAGAACACACUAAGCGUUGAGUCCUCACUUCAG